GCGCUCAUUGAAUCAUCACUCUUUUGUCAGAGGGGAUUGUGCACUUUGACGCUGAGACGCUGAGUCGAUCCGGGAGGAGGAGAAAAAACGAGUCGUAGGCGCCGAUCAAAAGGAAGGAAAGUCUCUGGUGGAACUUUUAGGGUUAUAGCAGGGGAUCUUGAAUUGUGGUGGAGUGGAGUGGAUUUUGACGUUAGGGUUUCUGGACAUUGAUGAAUCGAGCUGCCACUGCCAAUGCCAUUUUUGGCACUUUUGGAGGAACCUUCGGUGAUUUUUGAGGUACCGAAGAAGCUUGAGCUCCAUGUCUUGGGCAAGCCCUGAUGAAAUCUUUCUCUCCACUUCUCUUGCCAGCUAUCUUGACAAGAAGCUUCUUGUUUUGCUGCGAGAUGGUCGAAAACUAUUGGGAAUACUUCGUUCUUUUGAUCAAUUUGCAAAUGCUGUUCUUGAAGGUGCAUGUGAGCGAGUGAUUGUUGGUGAUCUUUAUUGUGACAUCCCCUUGGGUCUCUAUGUAAUUCGUGGGGAGAAUGUUGUCUUAAUUGGCGAGCUGGAUCUAGAAAGAGAGGAGCUUCCCCCACAUAUGACUCGUGUUUCAGCUGCAGAGAUAAGAAGAGCACAAAAAGCAGAAAGGGAUGCCACAGAUCUGAAGGGCUCCAUGAGAAAGAGAAUGGAAUUCCUUGAUUUGGAUUGAUGACAUGUCAGUCUUGUGCAAUUUUCCUGUCAUGUGUUAAUGCCAUGUUGUCCGCAAAUAUUAGCGCGGUUGGUUGGUACUCGAGAAACUACUAUGGGGAAAUAAUGUUUUGCUCCCAUUUUCCUGUAAUCUUGUUAUUCCCCGAAGACAGGUUUGGUAAGCUCUCCUGAGCGAUCCUGGCUGGCUGAUUAGUUUAAUGCAGUUAGAGAAUGAUGUCUUUAGUUAUUUUAAGAGUUCGAAACAAAAAUAAUGGUUCGCGUUCGUUUCUCAUGUGGGAAUUGGCAUUUAAGGGCAACCUAUUGGAAAGUAGGAUGAACAAGCUACCCUGCAAUACUGGUUGGCUCCAAUUAGCUACUUAAGAAGUUAACAUUCUUUUCUCUUCAUCCUGAAAGGUGAAGCAAGUUCCCCUUAAAA